CAUACUUCAUAUCAUUGCUUUUACACCUUACACCUUAUUUUUGGUACUUGGCCAUUAAUGCAUCGAAUAAUAAAUUUGUAGAUUUUGUGGUUGUAGAUAUCCAAUUAUGAGUCUGUCUGCCUUACUUCACUUGAUGGUAACUUGCACUAAAUUGUAUAUUAUCUUCAUUAGCUCAAUAGAAUGACGUAAACACAAGCGAUGUUGCAAUAUUGACGUUUGAGGCUCAGUUUGUUUCUAAUGCUUUGCCCUCUUCUUAGAGGUUAAAUUUCAUUCUGUGAAGUCUUCUGAAUUUUUUAUGAAUCACCGAAAGUAAACUUUCCAAUUCCUUGAUUUCAGCUGCAAUCUAAAAAGGAUUGGGAGCAGUUCUUUUGUCCCAUUUUUUGUCUUGUUUGAUACCACGCACUGUGUUAAAAUAUGUCACUCCUUUUAUUUAGUUUUUCGCUUCUAUAGAGUAAGUUGAUGAAGUUGCAAAUAACCAUACUUAAAUGUAACAACAUUUACUUAUUUCUUGCCGAAAACAAACAUUGAAACCAUUAGCUUAACUUGUGUCACUAUCGUGUUUAAGAAACCUCCAAAUCCUGAGACUUAUUAGUUACCGUAUUGAAUUGUCUUGGGGCUUGUUUUGACAGCUCUAGUCAAGUCAUGAUUCAUUUUGUUAACCGAAACUUGUUCUUCUCUGCUUUGAAAUGCUGUUUAUUUGCAAAUUUAGUCCCAACAGAUGAGUAAUUUUUCAGAGUUAAAUCAAUGCGACUUGUUAAAUUCUCGGCGAAAUCAAACCAAUUACGAUGACACGCAAUCAAAUGUCCAGAACCAGGCCACCCAUUUGAAAAAGCUAAGAUUCCAACAUAGUUUUUCUGGAGGUAAAAAUCAGCGACUGCCAGGCGAAAGAAGAUCCAGCUCCUCUGGAGUCACCGAAUUAAAAGAGAUAUCUUUUUUGGAACCAAGAGCGAUGCAUGGACAAAAAUCAACCUGGCUGACGGGAUUUUGUUUCACAAACAUUGCAAUCUUUGUAAUUAUAGUAAGUUUUCACGUUUUGAAUCCGACUGCAACUAGCAAUAGUGACGAUGUUGCUGGGCUGGAUUUAAACCCAGAUUUGACAGUCGAUUCUCAAGUCAGAAAUCCCGAAGGUCAAUCGACUAUCGAAAUUUCCGAGAGUUCAGAAAAAAUCCCGAAAGAUUUGGAAGUUUCGGUAACUGAUUCUACUUCUACGAAAAUUAACGAAGUCGUUCAAUCGGAAGCUGAAGUCAAAGAAGAAGAUGAUUUAAAUGAAGAGAUGAACAAAGAAAAGGAACACACUGAUGACCCUUCCCUAGAUGCUGACGAAAUCGAUAAAACUGAUCCUAAUUCAGAAAAUGAAAGUGAGAAGUCGGCUGGCGAUGGGUUGAAAAAUGAUCAUACUGUGGAUUCGAGAAGCGUUGAUUUGGGUGACGUCGAGAAAAACAUAGAAUUUGAUUCGAAUAGCGAAGAAAAAUUAACUAAUCACGCAACAAAAAUUGAAAGGGAACCGCAAAAUGUUCCCGAUGAUAUGGAGUCUGAAUCAAAUGAGGCUGAAGCUGCAAGUUCUGAGAAGUUAGGCGAAGAACAUAUUGAAUCAAGUGUAGUCAUUGAAUCACCUGUUGCUGAAAAAGAGACUGUUGAAGAAAAUGAUGUCGGCAAGGAUGUAAAGGACGCAGAGCCAGAGCAGACGGUGCAAGAUUCCAAGAGUCUCCUGGACGACCUGCUUCAAGACGCGAACAAGGGUGGUCAACAGGGAUCUACAGACUCCAACAUGCAGGAACCGAGAGUGAUAGGAAACUCUAGUCGUCUGGUUAACGGAACUGUAGUUAUGAAUGAGACUGAUGAGAAAAACGAGGAAAUGGAGAAAGAUGGAGAUAUGUUCACUUUUAAAGAGUGGAAACAAAAGAUGCUUGAGGAGCAGAUGAAUAAAGACAAGGAAAAAGAAGGAGGGAAUAACAAUGGGGGAGGGGAGCACAAGAAUGGAGGAAACACAAAUGGGCAUCAAGUCUCUUCUAGUCAUCAGUCUAAUGGUCUUUCAAGCUUCAAGGUUCAACAAUAUACCCAAAAUUUUGCAUCUGCUGAUUGUGGUGCUAAAAUACUCGAAGCAUCCCCGAACGUCCAAGGAAGAGACGCCAUUCUACAUUCGGACCGAGACAAGUACCUGAACAUUCCAUGCAAUGAGCCAAAAAAGUUCUUCGUGAUUGAACUCUGCGAACCAAUUCAGCUGAAGGUCCUAGACAUCGGUUGUUUCGAACUGUUUUCUUCAUUAAUGGCCAACUUCACAGUGUAUGGUUCUGAUAGAUAUCCGACUAGAGAUUGGAAACUGUUGGGCAAUUUUACAGCAAAAAACGAGCGUACGUUGCAGUCGUAUACAGUGUCAGACCAAAUGUAUAUCAAGUAUGUUAAAAUUGACUACCUGUCUCAUUACGGCAAAGAGCAUUAUUGUCCUGUUUCGAGUGUAAAAGCCUUUGGGCUCACCAUUGAAGUUGAAGACGAUGACCAGUCGAUGAAUGAUAACUCUGAUUCUGACAACAACGAGAAUGGAAAUGCACAAGACGAGACAUCCAAAACUGGUAAUGGCUGGUCCACAGUUACUGAUGCAGUAGCAAAGUUAGCAAAUAAAAUUAUAGGAAGCCGAGCGCCCUCAACCGAGGAAAAUGUUGCAGCAAACCUUUCAGAUAUCAAAAUCGAAAACUUAACGGAUCACACAAGAAAUACGUCAGUUCAAGACAACGUAGUGUACCCCGAAGCACCGCGACCCAAAUCAGAAGCAAAUAUUUCGAACUUUGAUCCAAAAAUUGUACAUGGAACUUUCAAUUUAGAUCCACCUUUCAUACAACCAUCGGGAACCGAGUUUAAAUCGUCAAAUUUGAUACUUAAUGAAUUCAAUUCAAGUCGUUCUGAAUAUAAUUUUUCAUUGGCAUAUCCCGAAAACAUUCCUGGAGUUUUCUGUGACGAGGAUUUGGAACAAUUGUUGAAUUGUCCGACUUAUCAUUAUAUAUUCACAAUGCUCGGUCUACAUUCUACUUGCUGCAGAGCUGUCAAUAAUAGUUUAUUAUCAAAUAUACCGACUACUGAAACAACAGAACCGUGUGCCGAAAGUACCUCAGAGCGAAUCCUUGAAUCGCAAGAAACCGCAACGGUAAUACCUGCGGUACAGGAAGUGCAUAGUACGAAAAGUGAUGAGGUUAAUACUGACGUCAAAAAUCAAGACAUUAUCUCGAAUGCGGAUGAGUAUCAUCAUAAUGGAGGAAACAGUAAUAAUAAUUUCCAGAAAGAGUCACUCAUAGUACGAUUGAGGAACAAAGUGAGAGAAUUGGAGUUCAACAUGACAUUAAGCAGCGAAUAUCUCGAGGAACUAUCUCGAAGGUACAAGAAGCAAAUGGACGAAAUAACAGCCAAACACAACAGAACUCUGACAGCUCUCAUUUCAACUAACAAAGAAGCAGCAUCACGUGACGAAAAACACUCGCAGAUUAUUCUAGAAUUAGAAUCUGACGUCACCAGAUUGACUGUCCGCAUUUCUCAGUUAGAGGAAGCGAUGGUGAAUAUGACAGAUAGUUUAAUGUCGAGACAUGUAAUGUUUAUAUCAGUAGAGUUUUUUCUUUUUGGUGUUCUCGUGUUGUUUUACAUGUUUUGGUCGUGUCGGUCGAGUUCGACUAUAAAUCAAUCUUCGCUGGCCGAUGAAAAUCGUAGAAAGUCUGACGACUCAUGUGAUCGCGUGAGGUCGAAUUCGGAAACAAUUGUUGCUGGAAGUUAUCCGGAAUCUCCAUUCGCCAGGCGCAGUUACACGGAACUUGCGCAAUCGAUUGAAGACCUAAUGGUUCCUCAAGCGACUCCGUUCCGAAAGAAGAUCUCGCCGCUGCCCAAGCAAAAACAGACGAACUAUUUGAACGAUAAGCAGUCAUCGGCUGCAUUGGUGGGUGCAGCAACGAAGAAGAAAAAGGCGAAGAAACGCCACAGCGUGAACCUUUUCGACGAUCGUGAAACGAAUUCUUGUUCAUCAAUCAGUUCAGUUGCUAGUAGUAGCAGAAUGGCAAAUAAUAACUCAUCUUAUCAAGGGGCUUGUAAUCAGAACAGAAACGCCAAAAGAGCUGCCAACAGUUUAUGGGCUGGAAAAGCACUGUCAGUAAUUUGAAGAAAAAUAGUAUAGAUUAUUAUUAUUUUACCAGAUAAACUUUUAUCGACUACGUGGGUGCUAGCGUUUAAAUUUUGUUUUAUCUGUUUGUUUGGUCUUUGUUGAUGUUCAAAUACUUGUUCUAACCAAGAGUCAUAAUUUGUCAAUUAAUCUUCACCUCAAUUCAUAUCCCGUAUAAUAAAUUUCAUUGCAAUAUUUUCAUUAAACUAGGCUGUAUAAGGUUACACAACUGAAUUGAAAUCAAUCGAAAUUCACUAGUUCAUCAA